GUGAUUCUGUGUCUACAUUAGGGUGAGCCUGUGUCUGCAUUAGGGUGAGCCUGUGUCUACAUUAGGGUGAGCCUGUGUCUACAUUAGGGUGAGCCUGUGUCUGCAUUAGGGUGAGCCUGUGUCUACAUUAGGGUGAGCCUGUGUCUACAUUAGGGUGAGCCUGUGUGGCUAGCUCUUCUUUGACUCCAGAGAACCAAACGUUACCCUCCAAUGGACAGGAAUGCGAUUCCAGGGAGCAGAUGGACAGCACGCAAAGAUAGUAUUGUGCUAAUACCGUCAAAAGCCUGGUAAUGUUCAUGAGGCCGGGGGGAAGCUCAUUCUAGCUAGCUACGAACCUUCGCACUACUUGGACUUGGCUGCUGUAGUGUGAGGAUGGGGAACACCGUGUCAUGCUGCGCUUCUCCAGAGUCGAGCCCCAAACUACCGUCGAGGCAGCCUGCAGAGCGGCUGGAGGAGUUCCAGACCAGCACCGAAGUGAGCGAUGACAACACCGUGCCCUACCUGCAGCACAUCAGCGACAGAGAGGUCCCUGACGAGCUGGCCUCGGAGUCUAACCCGUCCGACCACGCCCGGGCGAGCACCAUCUUCCUUAGCAAGUCCCAGACAGACGUACGAGACAAGAGGAAAAGCAACCACAUAAAUCAUAUCAGCCAUGUAUCUCCUGGCCUGCUGUCGAAGAAAUACAGCUCCUGCUCCACAAUCUUCAUAGACGACAACACCGUCAGCCAGCCAAACCUCAAAAGCACAAUCAAAUGUGUCACGUUAGCAAUAUACUACCACAUCAAAAACAGGGACUCAGGCAGGUCGCUGGACAUCUUUGAUGAGAAGUUGCACCCCUUAUCGAGAGAGCCAGUGCCAGAUGACUACUCCCGCGUAGACCCGGAACACAAACUGAUCUACCGCUUCGUCAGAACGCUCUUUAGCGCCGCACAGCUCACUGCAGAGUGUGCCAUUGUCACUCUAGUGUACUUGGAACGCCUGCUGACCUAUGCCGAGCUGGAUAUCUGCCCCGCCAACUGGAAGCGCAUCGUCCUAGGAGCCAUCUUGUUGGCUUCCAAAGUCUGGGAUGACCAGGCUGUGUGGAACGUCGACUACUGCCAGAUCCUUAAAGACAUCACUGUGGAGGACAUGAAUGAGAUGGAGCGCCACUUCCUGGAACUGCUCCAGUUUAAUAUCAACGUGCCAGCCAGUGUCUACGCCAAGUACUACUUUGAUCUGCGGCAGCUGGCUGAUGACAACAACCUCAGCUUCCCCCUGGAGCCUCUCGACAACCAACGCGCCCAGAAACUAGAGGCCAUUUCAAGACUAUGUGAAGACAAGUAUAAGGACCUGAGUCGAGCAGCGAUGAGACGAUCCAUCAGCGCUGACAACCUGAUAGGUAUACGGCACUCCAACGCUGUGCUGUCAUAGGCCAGGUCACCCCCCCAAAGCCCAGCUCUCCCACAGCCAGGACCCCGGACAUGUGUAGCCAACUCACAGGUUGAGCUGUAGAGCGGUGGGAUUGAAAACUCCACCAUGAAACUAUUAUCACCAAUCCCUUAUUUAUUUCUUACUUGUCCCUUAUUUCCUGGAGCAAGUGUCCAGUAGGAGUUGCUCUACUGCAUUAUCUCUGAUGGAGCCUUUGUAUUGAGAACAAAAUGUAUUUUAAUUAUCCCAAUGCAGCUUGGCGUUAUUCUGUAUUUUUAGUUGUUGUCACCAAAUUCCACCAGAUGACCAAAACCAACAAUGUUAGUCCGUCUUGCUGCCCAAGUCCUCUUUGUUAGUACUGAAGACGUAAAUAUUGAACAUGGCUCACUAUCUAAUUCUUUAAACGCUCAGUCAUUUUUUAUCAAAUGUCACUCAAACAGGUCUAGAAUGCUACCUACAAGUUACAAAAAUCUAGACCUCGAAUGGUUAGGGCAGGGAUAUUUGCCACCUUUUUAUUUAGAUGUCAAAUUAAGUGCUGAUGGUUAAUGUAGUCCACUGAAGAAAUAAAUUCACCAGGUUCAUUUGUUGGGCUAUUUGUAGCGGUGGAUUAAUACACCCUUGGUGCUUCUAUUAAGAAUUUACAGCAGCAGACCGUUGUAUGUAGGAUCAACUCCAAAUAAUCAGAGGACAGUACACAUUUGCUACUGCUAGUACUAUUCCUAUUACUUCAGUGUGUGUUCAAAGUAAUGAAGGAACAUGUCACCCGUGCAACAAUGUUGCUCAUUGAUGUAAUUUAACCUUUUUUUUUGGUCAACAAAGGAGCUCUGUCUCUUUCCCAGAGGAAUGAGUUCUAUCAGUCCUUGAGUACACAGACAAUACUUGUUAGUUGGAUCACUUCACUGUUGGUUUAAUUCUUAUCAUGGGAUUUGUUGACCAUAAGAAAAUAUAGAAUUAGACAUAUUUUGAAUACGCUGAUCAAAUCAAAUGCAAAAGCCGUUCCUUGUAAAUUAGAGUUGAUACCAAAAGUUAAUGUUAAGAGUGUAAAAAAACAAAACGUGUUUACCGUUAAUUCCAGUGUUGUUGGACUCUAUUACAGUAAAUCAUGUACACAUUUAAGUUUUGGAUGGAGCACACAGCAUGCAAAGGUUUUCAUCUAUAUAUCACGAGAGUUGUCAAACCUUCAGUCAGCUGUUGCAGUGUGUCUGGGAUCAGUUUCACUUCCAAGAUACACUUCAGGUGGUCAAAAAGUGGGCGAUUUUACAGAUUCUGGAUGAGUAUUGCUUCUGAGGGGCUCGCUAUAGAAGUUGGGUCGACACAAUGACAUGAUGUAUGUUGGGUCCUCAGUAUUGUGCCCCUAAACUCUGGCCACCCUGACCCGGCCUCAAAGAGCCGGUCCACAGUUUACCGACCCCCGUGCUCGUCCCAGACCCCCGACCAGAGCUUUGGAACAAACUACAUAGAUCUCCAGGGGGAAUGAAGAGACUGGUUGAUACUCCCCUCCUUUUUGCUUACUAUGUAGGCUACUUAGCUGUGAAAUUUGUCCUGUUUUUAAUUGAAAAAAAAAAAGUAUUUUAAAUAAACACUAA